UCUAACUCGGUCAAGCCCCUCAAAACAUCGCCCCAUUUCCCACCCCCACCUGUCAAAUUUCAAACUUCCCGCCACUAUCGAUCUGUCACCCAGCCGGCUGAUUCGUCCACGUGAACACUCGGAAUAUUCCAGACGCAGUUUGUUUAUUUUGGUUUGAGUGCGCGCAAUUUCCUCAAAAAAACCCUCAAAAUGGGGACAUUCGAGAAACUCAAAGAACUGGACUUGUCCCGCGACGAAGUGGAGCGUCUGGGGGCCGCCCUCAAAAAGCCCGAAUUCCGCCAACUCCUCGCCGACUACGUCCACGAGGUGCAAAACCCCGAAAACCGGAAACUCUACGAGGCGGAAAUCGCCCAAGUGGAGCGCGAGCGCGGGGUCGCAGUCACCUUCAUCAACCCCCAUCCCGGAUACGUCAUAAAGACAAGCGAUGGGGGCCGCAAGUGCUUCAUCAACGUGUGCACCAGCGACGCGAUCGACAAACCCACCUCGGCCCCCAUGGACAAGGACGGCGCACGAGGGCUCCAAUGGCGCCUCCCGCACUCCCUGACGCCCCCACGCGACGACCUCGACAACAAGGGGGCCCGCUGCGAGGUCUACGACGUGGUGUUCCACCCCGAUGUCGUCCACAUGGCCCACAAAAACCAACCCUUCCAGGAAAUUGUCAAUAAAACAGCCUGUGAUGCUAUUGAAACAAAUUUCGAUGUUGUUUUAGACAAGAAAAAUCUGAAAUUCCCCAAAUUGGGGUACAAGGGGGCCCCUCAAAGCUCCAUCAUCCGGAGACCAAUCCCCGAUUUUGUCCCCAAGGAAAUGGACGAGUUUGAGCGCCAAUUUUACGCCAAAAUCGACGAACAAAAACCGAAAAAAACUACGAAACGAAAUAAAAAGUGUGUAGAGGAUGACUCGAGUUACACAACCCCUAAAUAUGUGAUAAAACACCGGAGUCAUGUCGACAUCCAAGAUUGCGUUGAGGACAAAUUCGCUAAAUUGAAUUUGACAAUCCCUCGGGAACUCAUCGUUGAAAUCAACUUGCCUUUGCUCAAAGCCUCCUCCGAUAUCACCCUCGACGUGACGGAAAAAACAGUACAAUUAACGAGUGAGAAGCCUUCGAAGUACAAACUCAACUUGACACUCCCCUACAGGGUGAACCAAGAUAGUGGUUCAGCGAAAUUCGACAAGGAUUUAAAAAAACUAAUAGUCGCGUUACCGGUCAAGCGCCCCCUUUGUGAGCCCCCACGCGACGACAGCGGCGUCGAGAGCGACCCCAGCCCCCAUUCCGAAGACGAGCAAAAGCCCAGUUUUAGUGAUUUUCGGACUAAUUACGAGGAAAUCCCCGAUUUCACCUCCCACCUCUUUGAUAAAACCCUCGUUUUCACCCUAAACGUCAAAAAUGUGCCCCAAAACGCCCUGGAAAAACACAUAGAAAGCGACUCAGUCCAUUUGAGGUUUUCCACAAUGAGCCCCAGUUUUUUCCACUCGAAUUACUCGUUUUUCGUCCAAAUUAACAACGCGGAAAUCGACCAGGAAAAGCUCUCAGUGGAGGUUUGGGACAACAAUGUAGUAGUCCAAAUCCCGGUGAAUUGUGACAACCUCGAGUACUAUUAUUACGGCCUAAAUGGCCUCGACUUGUGCAAGAAGUACGUCGAGGAGCCCCGUGUCUUGAACGACGUCUUGCAGAGCCCCAUUUUGGAGGAACCGGAGCCCCCGGAGUCGAGCGGCGACGAGCUGAGUUGCAGUUACAGCCCGAGUAAGGGGCGAGGCGAGAGCCGAGGCAUUCUCAAGAGGUUGCCGAAUAGGAGCGUCUCGGAGUCGAGUCUGGACGAGUUUGUGGCCUCGUCGGUAGAUGAGGGGGAGAUGUCGACCAGUCUGAAGAAGACUGUGAGGUUCAAUGAUGUGAUAAUGAGGCAGUUGUAUAGAUCGAAUUCGAGUAUUUUGGGACAGAAGAAGAAGAACCAGAGGAAAGCGAGGAAUAAGAAGAAGGCGCAGGAGAGGAGGCAUAGCGAGAGUGAGGCGAGCGAGAAAGAGGAGGAAAAGAGUGAUUAUAUACAUAGUGAUAUUUUCGAUAUGGAUUUGGGGGUGUAGAUGUGAUAUUUUGAGGUUUAGUAUGUUCCCAGUGAGUCGUUUGUACUUUUUACAUGUUGCUUUACCAUUGUAGCCUAUGAUUUAUUGAAUAAAAAUGAGAAAAGGA